AUGUCUGUCUUGAACUUCAAUAGUUCCAGAUUUGUUCUCACUGGUUUUCCUGGCCUGGAAGACGACUAUCACUGGCUCUCCAUCCCUUUCUCCUCAAUCUAUGCUACGAUUUUCUUGGGAAACUGCAUGGUGCUUCACGUGAUCUGGACUGAGUCGAGCCUACAUCAGCCCAUGUUCUACUUCCUGGCCAUGCUGGCCCUCACUGACCUGUGCAUGGGGCUGUCCACCAUGUACACAGUGCUGGGCAUCCUGUGGGGGCUCAUUCGUGAGAUCAGCCUGGAGUCCUGCAUUGCCCAGUCCUAUUUCAUCCACGGUCUAUCCUUCAUGGAGUCCUCGGUCCUCCUUGCUAUGGCUUUUGACCGCUACAUUGCCAUUUGGAACCCACUAUGCUACUCCUCCAUCCUAACUAAUAACAGAAUCAUAAAAAUUGGGAUGACAGUCUUAUGUAGGAGCUCUUUGCUCAUACCGCCAGUCAUCGUUAACCUAAAGUUCUUACAUUAUUGCCGUCCCCACAUCCUUUCUCAUUCUUUCUGCCUGCACCAAGAUUUAAUUCGAAUGGCCUGUUCAGACAUCCGCUUCAACAGCAUCUACGGUCUGGCCCUGGUGAUCAGCAACCUGUUGUUGGAUGCGGUCCUCAUAUUUAUCUCCUAUAUCAUGAUUUUGCAUGCAGUCUUAGCUAUUGGAUCACGGGAGGAGAGGAGAAGGUCCUUGCAGACCUGUGUAUCUCACAUCUGUGCUGUUUUGGUUUUCUACAUCCCGAUCAUUGGGCUGACCAUGGUGCACCGCUUUGGAAAGCACCUCUCACCUUGGGUUCAUGUCUUCAUGGGCAACAUCUAUAUACUUUUCCCACCCUUGAUGAACCCCAUUAUUUAUAGUAUCAAGACCCAGCAAAUACGAAAGAGAGUCCAGAGAUUGUUUUACUUCAAAGGAAUGUAA